AUGGCCGAAAAGCUGAAUUCGCCGUUUAUUACCCUUGUGAUUGGGAACAAGCGGUAUAAGCUUCCGAAGGAAUUUCUUUGCAAAUGCCCACAGCUUCAACAACAAUCGUUCUUGACUUCAGAAAUUGCAUUGCCGGAUGUCUACGAAGAUGCCGGCCAUACUUUGGUGCAUUUCUUCUAUUCAGGGAACUACGAGACGAUACUCUCGCCACCCGAUAUUGACACGUGCGGCAUCGCAGGAGAGUACAAAAGAAGCGUCCUGGUUUACCAUGCAUCCAGAAAGUGUGACAUUCCGGGUCUCGAAUGCCUUGCUAAACAUUACGUUGAGCACUUCGGUAAAGAACUGUCUCUGCAUGACGUACUUCGCCUAACAAGGGAUGUAUUUUCAACCCUUCCGGAAGGCGAGACUUGGCUCCCGAAUUACAUCAAAAGUCAUUUGCUGCGGCUGAAGCUUGGAAAUCCAGCCAACAACCUGGCAGAGCUUUAUAGUACUCUUGGUCAUGAUCAUCAGUUUGAUAACACUGUGAUGAAAAUGGUGGUUGAUAUGCUAUCGGUAAACCUUUCGGAUAAUGCAUUGAGAGAAGCAUUAUGGGCUAAUGGGAGAUGUGCUGCCGAAGAGCCUGCCGCCGAUGAGCCUGCCGCCGAUGAGCCUGCCGCCGAUGAGCCUGCCGCCGAUGAGCCUGCCGCCGAUGAGCCUGCCGCCGAUGAGCCUGCCGCCGAUGAGCCUGCCGCCGAUGAGCCUGCCGCCGAUGAGCCUGCCGCCGAUGAGCCUGCCGCCGAUGAGCCUGCCGCCGAAGAGCCUGUCGCCGAUGAGCCUGCCGCAGAUGAGCCUGUCGCUGAUGAGCCUGUCGCCGAUGAGCCUGCCGCCGAUGAGCCUGCCGCCGAUGAGCCUGCCGCCGAAGAGCCUGCCGCCGAAGAGCCUGUCGCCGAAGAGCCUGCCGAGGAAUGGAUUAUCCCCGACGCAUCUUCCGUAGAAGGUUGGCCUAAUGCCCCUUUACAUCCACAUGGGGCUCCAGCAACCGAAAAUUUAUCCAGUGCCUCAGAAGCUUUCAUUGAAGCUCAGCCUACACAGACUUCUUUGACUAAGAUUUCGGUUGCGGACUUAGCUUUGUAUGCCGAUUGGGGAAAAUUCCGUGGUCAAAUGAGAGCUAAAAAAAGAGACGAGCUUGCGAGAAGGGGCCUUCCUAUUCCAAGCUGGGAUGGCGUCGUUGAAUUUGGUUUUUAG